AUGCUAUGUGGCCAGAACGAUGUUUCACUUGAGGCGCCUCCAGUUGUAGCUGAAUUAUCCAACUCAACUGAAAUCAUUGUAUUUGACAAGAGAACCUCUAAACACUGGGGUUUAAAUACUAUUUCAAAAUUCUUCCACUUACCCGCAGCCCAAGCAGCAAGGGAGCUCAAUGUAAGUGAAGAUAAGUUGAAGAGAAUGUGUACAAAAUUGGGAAUUAAACGAUGGCCAUACCGGAAAUUGCAAAGCAUGGACAACCUUCUUGAGAACUUACAAUAUCUCAGCAAAGACAAAACAUAUGCUGUCAACAAAGAGAAAGUUAUUGAGCUUCAAAAGGAAAAGGAACGAAUGUUAAAGGACCCAAACAUUGAGUUACGUGCAGAGACUCAAGUAAUUAGGGAAUCUUCAAGAAAGAAAAGAAGAUAUCAACAUUUGAUGGAUAUUGCACACGCUGCUAAAUAUGACAAUUCAUGGAAACUUCAUGGCGUCAAAUCAGAAGUGAUAGAUGAACCACCUUAA